AUGGCGACGGCACAGCCUGAAUGGCGCGCUCCUCCAGAGCCAUCCGAACAAGUACGAGCGCGGCUGCCGAGACUGAGCGUAUACAACUCAUUGACAAGAAGCAAAACACCAUUUGUGCCGAUAGAUCCAGAGGGAAAGAAAGUCGGCUGGUAUGCGUGCGGGCCGACUGUAUAUGAUGAUUCCCAUCUCGGUCAUGCGCGGAACUAUGUCUCUCAAGACAUCAUCCGCCGCAUCAUGAGCGACUACUUCAAGUUUCAGGUCUUCUUUGUCAUGAACAUCACGGACGUGGACGACAAAAUCAUUCUGGCUGCGAGACAACAACACUUGUUGUCUCAGUUCUUGAAUCAACACAAAGAAGUCGACGAGGAAGUCCGUAAGACAACACUGCAGGCGUUCCAGGCAUAUGUGCAGAAGAACCUUCCGAUGGUGAGUCACGAGUUGGCGCCUGAAGACUUUGCGGAGGCUGUGCUGGCAGCCUAUGGCCAUGUGCUCAAUGGCAAGAGCCUGGCUAACGACAACUCGCCGCCUGGUGAGAAAGAAGCAAAAGUCAAAAUGCACCUGAAAACGUCGACAUCAGCUGCCGAGGCACUGCUUCUUUCGAAACCCUCGUUGGAUGAGUUCGGAGCGAAGGCAUCAGGGGCUCUUCUUCCCUAUAUCGACUCUCUGCAUGCAUCAACGGUGACGGGCAAAGACCAUGACAUCUUCACCAACUUGACAAAACGUUACGAAGCACGAUUCUUUGAUGACAUGAAAGCACUGAACGUGUUAUACCCAGACAAACUGACCAGAGUCACGGAGUAUGGGCCUCAGAUCGUCGACUUUGUUAAGCGCAUUCAGGAUCAUGGAUUCGCAUAUGCGAAUGAGGGCUCUGUGUACUACGAUACCACUGCCUGGGAACAGACAGGAGGUGUCUAUGCUCGUUUAGAGCCUUGGAACCGAAAUGAUCAAGAAUUGCAAGCUGAUGGUGAGGGGUCUCUUUCCGCGAAGAAGACCGGCUUCAAGAAGAGUGGUGCCGAUUUUGCGCUGUGGAAAGCGUCCAAAGCAGGCGAGCCAAGCUGGGAAUCACCAUGGGGCGAGGGUAGACCGGGCUGGCAUAUCGAGUGCAGUGCCAUGGCCUCAGAUAUUCUUGGCGAGCAGUUCGACAUUCAUUCUGGCGGCAUCGACCUGGCGUUUCCUCACCAUGACAACGAACUGGCGCAGUCAGAAGCGUACUGGGCGGAAUCGGGGAAGGAUAGCAAGCAAUGGGUGAACUAUUUCCUGCACAUGGGCCAUUUGGGCAUUGCGGGUGCCAAGAUGAGUAAGAGCCUGAAGAACUUCAAGACCAUCAAAGAAGCACUCGAUGAAGGCCUAUACAAUCCGAGGUCACUUCGCAUGGUGUUUCUGCUAGGCGCCUGGAAAGAAGGGUUGGAGAUCAGCAUUUCCCCAGACGCUGUGUCAGCUGCUAACCAGGAGAGCGAUGCCUGGGAGGAGAAAGUCAACAAUUUCUUCCUCAAAGUACGCGAUAUUCAGAUGCACCCAACAAGCGGGCAAAGCAAUGCCGCGAACGGGAGGAGCGGCCAAUCCGACGAUCUUGAGAAGGAAUUUGAGAGCUCAAAACAGAAGCUUGACGAGGCCUUGCGCGACUCAUUUGACACUCCACGAGCAAUGCGCAUCAUUUCGGAGCUAGUUACUACGUACAACUCGGCUUCAUACGUCUCUGACGAGACAUCGAUAGCGAUCGGCAAGUGGAUUACAGAGAUCCUUGUGAUGUUUGGACUCGAUGCGAACUACCGUGAAGGACAAAUGGGGUGGUCCGGCAUCGAAAUCCCGGAGGUAGCCAAGCCUUUCAUCUACGCAGUCUCUGAACUGCGUGACAAGAUCCGAUCAGCAGCGAUCAAGGGUAAUUUUGACUUGGCGGCUCUUGGACGGCUUGAUGAGAAAGACACUGUCUACGGUGACGAUCAGCCCUACGCGAAGGUUCUUGCUGGUUUCCAGCGGAAGGUCGUCGAGCUGUAUACGAAGAAUGCUCCGGCUAAAGACUACCUUGCAGCUUGCGACGAUCUCAGAGAUGAUAAACUGUGGAGUCUGGGCAUCUACUUGGAAGACAGGGAGGGCCGCCAUGCUCUUGUCCGACCACUUUCAGCUUCGCUGCGAAAGGAGCGAGCGGAUCGCGAGGCAAACGCGAAGGCAAAGGCUGCCGCGAAAGAGAAGGCCAAAGCAGACGCCGAGAAGGCCGAGACGGAGCGCCUUGAGAAGGGCAGACUCUCGCAUCUCGACAUGUACCGGACCAGCGAAUACAGCGAAUGGGACAGCGAAGGCUUGCCAACCAAAGACGCUGCUGGUAACGAGGUUGCCAAAUCGAAGACCAAGAAGCUGAAGAAGGACUGGGAACGUCAGAAGAAACUGCAUGAGGCGUUCCAAGCCAUGCAGGUGAAGUAA